CGUCGUCUGCAACUACACACACGUGUAUCUGUAUCUAGAUCGUCCAGUGUUUAAGAUCGAUUAGAUCGGCGUUUGUUCAGUGCUUCAGUGCUUACUUUUCAGUUAUUUAAUUGGCUUGCUCUUGAAAAAAUUCUUAAUCAAGAAAAGGUUUGUUAGUCCAUUAUCUCAUAAAUUGACUGAAGAUGUCAGGUGGUGCUGGGAGGAACAAUAGACCAGCCUCUUAUUACGUUGAUCGGGCCCUUAUUCCCAGAGUCCAACGUUACUUAAAAGAAAACAGUCAUAGAACUUAUAUAGAUAUAGAAGAAAUGGCUGAUGUACUACAAAGGCAAUACACUGACUACGGACGGAAGAAGAAAAUUCCUUUUCGAAACUCUGUCAAGCAAGCAUAUGAAGACAUUAAAAUAACCCUGGAAGCCAAGGAUGAUGGCAGUGAUUCAGAUCCUUAUGAAACCGCUAGAAUAGCUGAAACCCCUGAGAGAAAUGAUACUGCCAAUGAAUCCCUGCGAAGUAUGUACUCCAGUAACCGUACAGCAGACGAUUCUAAAAUUGAUGACAUAAUGGUGAUUGAUGUGCUCGGUGAACAAGAAAUGGCACCACCACAAAGCACACCAAUCAAAAAAAAAGUUGUUGUAAAGAGAAAGAAGGUUGAUCCAGAAGCCCCUGGUGAAACCAAGAAAAAGUCCAAAACUGUUGUGUUCCAAUCUGUUAUCUCUACCACAAAAUUCUCCGAAGUUGGCGGCAACGAAAAGUCCCUAAAAGAAGUGCGCAAGCUUAUUCUUCACAUGAAGCAUCCAGAAGUUUACCAACAUUUAGGAAUGUCACCACCAAGAGGAUUUCUUCUUCACGGUCCGCCGGGCUGCGGUAAAACGUUGUUGGCUCAUGCUAUCGCCGGUGAACUAGAAAUCCCUUUUUUCAAAGUUGCCGCUCCUGAGCUAGUUUCUGGUGUAUCUGGUGAAUCCGAAGAGCAAAUCCGUUUCCUGUUUGAACAAGCGACGUCUUCUGCUCCGUGUAUAAUAUUUAUUGACGAAAUUGACGCCAUCACGCCAAAAAGAGAAACAGCUCAACGAGAGAUGGAACGAAGGAUUGUUGCCCAGCUUCUCACCUGCAUGGAUGAUCUUAGCAGUCGAGACAGAAAUAUUCCAGUUUUGGUGAUUGGUGCUACCAACAGACCUGACGCAUUAGAUCCUGCCUUAAGAAGAGCUGGUCGCUUCGACCGAGAAAUAUCUCUUGGAAUACCAGACCUCGCCGCAAGAGAGAAGAUUCUCAAAGUGGUCUGCAAGAACCUUAGUCUAGCUUUGGAUAUGGACUUUAAGUUCUUGGCUUUGAACACACCGGGAUACGUAGGAGCGGAUAUGCUUGCCUUGGCUUCCGAGGCUGGCAUGAUAGCUGUGAAUAGAGCUUUCGGGCGGAUGGAGUCCAUAUAUUUGGCUACUGCAGAAGCCAGCCCGACACCAGAGACAACGACAGAAGAGAAAUCAUGGCUGUGGCUUUGCCAACAGCCGGAAUUUGGAGCUGAGCAGCUUCAAGGCAUUUCAAUCACACUUGAUGAUUUUAUCGCUGCUCUUAAGUGUGUUCAGCCUUCUGCUCAGCGUGAAGGAUUCGCUACCGUCCCAGAUGUUACUUGGGAAAAUGUGGGGGCUCUUUCACACGUCCGUCAAGAACUCCACUUGGCUAUUUUGGCUCCAAUUCGCUACGAGCAACAUUACGAAGCUUUAGGACUCUCUAGUCCUUCAGGUGUUUUGCUUUGUGGCCCACCUGGUUGCGGCAAAACUUUGUUGGCAAAAGCCAUCGCUAACGAGGCUGGAAUCAACUUCAUUUCGGUCAAAGGCCCAGAAUUACUCAACAUGUACGUAGGAGAAUCUGAACGAGCCGUCCGACAAUGUUUUCAACGCGCCCGGAGUUCUGUUCCGUGUGUCAUCUUCUUUGACGAGCUCGACGCUCUUUGCCCAAGACGUUCUGAGCACGGCCAUGAGGGUGGUGCCAGUCGCGUUGUUAAUCAGCUGUUGACUGAGAUGGACGGAAUCGAAUCCCGUCGAGGGGUUUUUCUCAUGGCUGCCACCAAUCGGCCUGAUAUCAUCGAUCCAGCCGUCCUUCGACCUGGAAGACUUGACAAAAUUCUCCACGUUGGAUUCCCAACAGCCGAAGAUCGGGUCGACAUUCUCAGAGCUCUCACCAAGAAUGGUACGAAGCCAAGUCUAGCCGCCGAUGCAAACUUGAUCGAUAUUGGUCUAGAUCCGAGAUUGGACGGUUAUACAGGAGCUGAUCUCUCCUCGUUGGUCAAGGAAUCUGCCACCCAGGCCUUGCAAGAAUUUGUUUUUGGUCGUGGUGAGGCUGGGAUCGAUGUGGAGUUGGGUAAUGUCUGCGUUCAUCUGCGUCACUUUCAGGCUGCCAUCACUAAGAUUCGUCCUUCAGUUAACGAAAAGGAUCGCAAACAUUAUGCAGGGAUGUCCAAUCGGUUGUGAUUCUGUCAAGCUCACUAUGACGACGAACAAUUUGGGAUGGAAUUUCAUAUGUUAACUGAUAACUUGUAUCUUCCCUGUGUUAUUUGACCUUGCACAUUGCCGUGUUUUGACUGCGUGUCAUUAAAAUGGUUUCUAAUUUUA